AUGCAGGAGUCCUCGACUGAGGACGCCCUCUACCCCAACCAAGCUUUUCUGUGUCAACGCCAGGAAUAUCAGGCCAUGAUGCAGUAUCACUACACCCGCUACAACACGCACAGUCCCGGUCUCGUGUCGAGGGAUUCGGUCCGUCAUCAACUCUUCCACUUGUGGAUGAGAGUGCACAUUUGGGUGGAGCUCUGGGUUGCCCCUGACGCGGCGUCUCGCCUAUCCGCCGACGACAAACGGGAGAUAAUCGCCAGCUUGAACGGAUUCUGCGUUCAGGAAGGUUGGGACAGCAUCCAUCGCCGCCUCCCACCCACCGCGCGCAUUGAGAUGGCCAAGGUGGUAGCUGAGACCAUGAUCAACCAGUUUAUCUGCACCAAGUUCUUAGACAAUUCCUUCUGGUUCAUGGACGCGAAGCUCCACGCUACCGACCGGAAUGGGGACGCCCACUUCCCCCAAAGAUUCCAGUACCUCUACGAGAGGCUCAAAGCGGUCGAGCCCAUGGACGCCGCCUGGUUGAAAACGCUCACGGUUCAGAAAUGCAACGAGCUCAGCUUCUUUGGCUCGCCGCCCCCGCCCACUCAGCUCGCCCGGCACACUGCCGCGCACCGCACGGCUCUGCUCCGGUCCUACGGGAACGAACUGCUGGAGCGUCGCGUCUUCCAGCUGCUGCUCAAGGAUGAGCCGAGAAAGGCCCAGCGGACCCAGCGCGAUCAAGCGCUCCGCAGCCUCCUGGAACACGCGGCCCAGGAGAUGAUCGAGGCCGAUGGCGGCCUCUACGCCAAUCUCGUGGUCGAGCGGCUGUCCGACUUGCCCCGGACCUUCCAGCACGGCUCAGACCGGACGAGACUCCAUGGGUUUCACCUGGGAGCCAUGCCCGGGGAUGGCGGUCGAAUUCUGAUGGUGACGCGUCCGGGUAUCGUCUUCACCGACAUGCAAUCUCUCUCUCACUGGAAUCAGCUCCCUCCCUGGCGGGCCAAUGCUGCCGAGGUCCUGGUGGCCGCGAAGGGCAAAAAGGCCCAGGCGGAGUGGCUAGCCAUCACCACCACCACCACCAACACCGCCAGCCAUGCGGAAGACGAUGAGGAAGACGCUGAGGAAGACGAGGAAGACGACGUGGAAGACGCUGAGGACGGUGAUCCGGUCCAGGAGGAAACCUACGAGUCAGGAACUUCACCAGAGUGA